AAAUACCCCGGGCUGGGGUGCAACACAACUCGGUUGGGUAACAGGUGCCGCGCGGCGCCUGCACGUGAGCGGCCGCCAUUCGCGCGCGCGCCGCCAUCGCUGCCGCUUCGAAAACCGAACGCGGUCCGACCGUUAUUCAAAUAUUCAAAUACCGAAGUGCUGUGUAACGAACAUUUUCUGAGGAUUUUGUGCCAGUGUUGGUUUUUUGUGUUUCUUUUUUUUUAAGAAAGAAAACAAAGGAGUUGAGGAUACGCUGACUGUGAAAUGUUGAUAGUGUGUUAGUAACGUCGUGUUAGUAACAAACGUGAUAAUCGACUAAAGUGUAGUGCUGUGUCCCGUAUUCCUUGGACGAAGUUUUACUACUGGGCUGUAUUGCCUUGAUGUCAGUCCGCUCCCAAAGUGAUGGAUAGUCACAGUAGAUCGGCGUCGCCGCGCGAGCCCAUGCGGCCGCAGCACCGGCCCCCCUCCCCGCCCUCGUCGCCUGGCGCCUUCGACAACCGCGCCUACCAACACGACGACUCGGACCCCAACCACAAUGACUCCUUCUCCUCCAACGGGCCACAACAGAAUGGCCACACGAAGGAGCCCAACGGAGUCUCUGACGCAAAAACCUUGGAAGCAGUGAACCUAGAACUGAUCAACCUCACCCCGAAGAAUGGCAGCACGAAGAAGAAGGAUGUGGAGGUAGACAUGAACGCUACCAACCCUUACGACGAAUACUUUGUGCCUGUCAACGAACAUAGGAAAUAUAUGAGAGGAGAGAAAUUAUACGUGACGGCGGACAAGCGCGGCGAGAAGGGAAGCUGCAAGCGCCCUCUCUGCUGGACCCUACUGGGGCUUGUCGUCGCUGCCAUUGUCGCUAUCAUCGUCUUAGCAGCCACCGGCGUCCUCUUCACAAACUCGCCUACACCACUGGAACAAUACAACACAUCGGUCAGCUCAGCGCGGGCGUUGGGCGGCAUCGGGCACGUCCACCACGACCACGACCACAACCACGACCAUGACCACGAGCACGAGCACGACCACAGCAACCACGAGCACAGCCCCGACCACGACCACACCUCGGAGCCGACGCUGCAACACGGACCUGAACCACAGAGCGAUGAGGGCCACGAGCCCAACAUCAACUCUGAUGAAAUCGGCGACUCUACUAUGUAUGUACCGAGAACCGUGGAAGGCGAGUUGAAGGUUGACAACGAAGAGUUCACAGCCGAGCUUCAAGACCCCGAGAGCAACGAAUACAGAGAGUUCGUGAACACCUUCUCCGAUGGCUUGAAACGAGCGCUCUUCGACAGGGCCAGCCAGGAAGAUAACGAAAUCACCAUUGAAAUUAUACAGCUAAGGAAAGGCUCGGUCAUCGUCACUUACAGAAUCCACUGGAAACCAAAAACGAGCACGGAACCAACAGAAGAUUUACUGAACUCCAACAAACUGGGAGCGAAACUCGACGAAUACCUCGCCACCAACAACAGAAUGAUCAACGUUUACCACAUCGCUGAAGACAAGCUCACCACCAGACCGGUCCUCGAUAUCUGCCAGAUAAACAAGAAUGGCUGUGAACACGACUGUGAGUUCGAUGAAAUGAACCUCGAAUUCACUUGCACGUGCCCACCUGGUCAAAUACUGGACAUGGCCAACCAGAAAAGAUGCAUGUCCUUAUUAGAUGCCGAAACGAUCCAAAGAAGCGAAGACGAUGCUAGAACACGAGACUUCACGGUCCUCACUGUUAACAACCCAUCGACUACUCAGAUGCCAUCCGAACAAAAACCUGUUCCUGAACCGGCUCAACAGUCUGAAAACAAUUUCGACUGGAAAGAGACACAUCACAGAAUGCCCGAAACAACUACUGAAAGCGAACCCGAUGUCAACUUUUCUCACAUAUUCGGCCAUCCGACCGACAAACCAGAACAUGAGCCUAAACCUGACUCGAGUGAAGACAUCCCUGCUCCUGAACCAACUCCUGAACCAAAAUCUGAAACUGAACUAGAGCAAGCCCCGGAGCACCCCGUGCCUGAACCGACAGCUGAGCCAGAACCACAGGCUGAACCCGAGCCAGAGCCUAAAUCAGAACCUGAACCAGAACCGGAACCAAAAUCGGAGCCAGAACCAACCGCCGAACCGGAACCAGAGCCAAAGUCCGAACCUGAGCCAGAACCAGAACCUGAACCUAAGUCGGAACCAGAGCCUGAGCCUAAAGCUGAACCCGAAGCCACACCAGAACCCAAAUCUGAGCCGGAGCCUGAACCAGUAACCACUACACAAUCGGCAGCACAUGUUGGAUUAAAUUCGGCCUUCAUGCAUGAAGACCAUCAACACGAACCACAGCCCACUGUAGAGCCUGAGCCAACACCCGAACCCCAGGCCGAACCAGAACCCUCUCAGACCACUGAAAAAUCUACAACAACCGAUUCUGAUUCGGAAACCGAAAACGAACAUGGUUCUGAACAAGAUAACGAUGCUGAGGCAGUGACGGAAUCUACUAAACCAACAACUACCACGACCGAAACCAAUUCCGAAAAUGAGCAUCAUGCAGAUCAAGCUGGUAAUUCAGAAGAAAAAUUAAUACUGUAUACUAACGAAGGUAAAUUCUUAUACAAACCUAACGAAGAAACAGAAUCUGAGACCACAACAAUGAGAAUCUCCAUAUCUGAACCGAAUCUUAUAAAUGAACCCUCAUACGAACCCAAACCCGAGAUUAUUUCAAUUUUCAGCAAUCUCCCAGCUGAACAACCGGCUACACAAAAGAAUGAAUCAGAAGUAACUGACUGGCUCGAACAUCAAUCUCAAAGCGAUGAAAAAUUGCAUGAGAAGGAUAACCAAAAUCACACUGAAUUUGAAGAUUUGUUAAAUAACAAUCUUAACAAAAUCAUGCACGAAUCAGAACAAAGGUCAUUCAAAUCGUUUGAUGAUGAUUUCUUGUUUGAAACAACCACAUCUGCAAGUCCUAAAACCACAAAUGUAGAUGAACUGAUAGAAUCAAUUACGAAAAGCGGUGUGACAACAGAAAAUGAAAUGUCACCAAAAGUAGAUGACGAAAAAAUGCCGUCUUCAGAUUUGGCUGCCAGUGACGAGAAACCCGAAGAUUUCAAAAUGGAAACGACUACAGCCAUGACAAGCGAGGGGCAUACUACGGAAAACGCCAAAUCUGACUCCGAUAUGAGCGACAGUGAAACUGAAGAAGACGAACCAGAGGUUAAAAAGGGACCUCUGAUAACUUCAAUCCUCGAAGAAGCCAAGUCUAUUCAAAGUAAUAAAACGGAAUCAUUUGAAACAACAACUGUAGAAACUGAAACUGUACAACAAUUCUCUAUCAGAAAACAUUAUCAUGAUUCCGAUGAAGAUAAAUUGAUGGAAGUUUUAGAGAACAAACCUCGCGUAGAAACUAACGAAACCUCGACCGAUCACGAACCCGAAGAAGGCAUGGAUAUUACUUUUGAUGCUAUUAACUCCCUUUAUAAUCGUUCAUCUAAAUCUAUCGAAAACCAAUCUCAUACACAACACAGCCAAGGCAAGUUGCCAGUAAUAGAAGACACCACAGAGGAUAAUGAGCCUAUGGGUGACACUACCGGCAGUACCACCGACUCCGAUUGGCUGUCUGAACCUGUAACUGAAGUUAACUACGACGAAGCUAUGAACAAAAUGGAAAAACACGAAACAACAGAAUCUUCCUCAAACAAAAUGGAUGAAAUAAUGAAUCGUGGUCUUGUCAAAGAUGAUUUUGAACCAGAUUACUUAAACAAUAUGGGGGGUAGCGGCUCAAUGAAACAGGAUCAAGAUGAACCAUUGUACGGUAUGGUCCAUGACUACGAUAACGAAGACAGUCGAUUCAAAAGAGUAAACAAAGAAAUCACCACGGAAACACCGAAAGAAAUGGUUACAACUGUAGUUGUUGAAAAUGGAAAUGAAUCAAAAACGACCACAGAAGCUAUUGGUACCACGAACGCAUCUCCAGCCCCUGUCGAAACAACUACUGUGAGUGAAUAUAUUUAUAAAGUGGCCGAACAGACCCCGAAAACCAUGGAAAUAAACUUACCUGUUCAUAACGAAACACGAACAGAAACCACGACAUUAGCUCCUGAGACCGAAACCGUACCAACUAUGGAUACAGAACCAGCACCAGUUUGGGAAGACUUAGAUGCCGAUAAAGAUUUAACCGUCAAGGAAUUGCCUAAACCAAUGGAACAGCCAGUCGCAACCACGCCGACCAAUGUUAAAAUUGAAGAAAUAAAUAUGCCCAGUACAACGGCAGCAACCACUGUGGCACCCACAAACACAGAAAAUGUGACGAACGCUGAGCCUACCAACUCUGACCUUUCAAACCAAUCUACUCUAAACUCUACACAAUCGAGUAACUUAAACGUAACUAUAUACGAAAUAUCUAGUCAUGACGGUAAUAACACGGCAACAUUAAAAUCCACUAGUACACAAUCAGCUGAAUACGACGACCAUGAAACAGAAAUGAACCCAUUUUUACCAGAAGUUGAGAAUAACAAGAGUUUAGUGAAGAAACUUCAAGAAGGCCAUGAUCUCGAACCUACCAACUUAACUGAGACACAAAAUGAAAACGCGGAGGAGCAUGCGCUAACAACUGAAACACAAACAUCAUCGAACAAAGACACCUUAGCCGUGCUAGCGAAGGACGAGGACAUCAAGAAGCCAGAGGAAACUGUAAUGGCUACCACAGAAGAUGAUACGUCAUUCAAUGAGUUGCUCAUGAACGUAAACUCGCCAAAUAAUAAAACUGAAGCCAACAAAACUGUCACCGACUCCAUGCAAACACUAGACAAACCUAGUGAAAACUCUCGGAUGAUGUCCUCCAACGAAAAGCCCGCGCCCGCGUUACCCAUCUCCACGUUUUUGAUGGACACCGAUGAUUUGGUCACGAGUAGGGAGGUAUCGACAACAACUAGCAGCAACAAAUUAGAUGGCGAGCCAGCCAGUGCCAUGACCACGGAGGUAGUACCAGGGAACAUCAUGGACAAUGGAUUUCUCAGUGUUGUACCCAUAGUAGAAGACAAUGAAGAUCAACUCGAACAAAAAAGCGAAAACAUUGAAGACAACAAUGACAUAAGUGAUUUGCCAAAAAGUGAUAAAAGGACAUUAGAUGCUACCAGAUUCGAUUCAGUUAUUAAUAAUGAAGCGUAGUAUCCCGCUCAAUUAUAAUUUACACACACACAAUUAGUUUUAUACGUUGUUAUUUCAUUUCCUGUGAUUCAGUGGACACUGUCGAUCAAAUUAUUCUGAACAGACUAUUUUAUACCAAUGUAAAUGCAAUAUUAUUAUUUUAAUUAAUUAAUUCAAUUCACGUGGUUUCGGUCACAGAAACUUACACGGUACCUAUUUUUUUUGUAUUGUAUUGUCCUGUAAUGUGAACAUUUUAUUCAUUAGACUAGUCAAACUAGAAAAGAGUCAUCGUCUUGAAAGAUUUAGAUUUAUUUAUUGCUUUAUCUAUAUAAAAAUAUAUGGAUUGCGCAAAAUUGUAUAAAUAACUGGUAAAACGUAUGUAUUUUAAGAGGUUUGCGCGGUCCAUGCGAAGGUACACGAACAAAACGUCGGAACUUGUAAUAUUACGCCCUCGAACUUAGAUUACCUGACAGUCCUAUUUUGUAAUUGUUACCAUAGCUAAAUGUAUAUUAUUAUUAUAAUUAAAUUACUCCUGAAUCGGACGUUAUAUCGAGUUUGGAAACAGAGUCGUGAGCGUUAGGAAGCCGCGGUCGGGGCGGCGCUCGUUAUAUAGUCUUGUGAUUGUCUGCCAUGCCGUAUGUGAUAACUCGCAGAUGUACUACAUUCCGUUCGUACUUAUUAACUUAGUGAUAUUACACAGAAGUGAGGUCUGAUUGUAAAAUAAUAAUUAAUUUAGAACUGUUAACUAAGAUAAAUAUUUUGUAUAAAUGGUUGAUUUGUAAAAUAAU